AUGGCCACCAUGGCCCCGCGCGCAGUGGAUUUGCCUCCAGAGCUCCAGGAGGCAAUCCUGGAAUGCGAUUGCGAGAGUAUCGUCACUUUGCUGGAACGGCAUCCUGAGUGGAAAAGGACUCAGUUUGUGUUCGAGGCCUCGGAUCGCGGUGCCGCGAGUGGAAAACAGGUCACUGGUGGUCUCCUUGCUGCUGCUUUGCGUUUGAAUGGUCACAUGGAGCUGCUUGAGGCGCUUGUGGAAGAGUGCAACGUAGGGCUGGACAUGCUCACCUACCAUGUCGCGGGAAGCAGCCGUUUGCUGUGGUCGGGACCAGUGAUCCAUGAUGCCAUUUGCGCCGGCAGUGUGGAGGCUGUCAGGUACCUUCUGGACCAAAGCGUGGACCCUCGGGCUGGCAGCACUUUUGGCGAUGCAGAUGGAGCAACACCCCUGUGGCAGGCCAGCUUCAAUGGCUUUGACAGUAUUGUUUCUUUGCUCUUGGACCGCAGUGCUGCUUACGACAUUGAGACUCCCUCCCCUUGGCAGGACCGACCAGAACAUCUCCUAACGCCUUUACACGUGGCUGCGCGGAUGGGCCAUGCACGCGUUGUGGAGGUUUUGAUAGAGACCGGUGCCCAAUACGACACCAGGCGCUUGCUCCGGAAUGGAGGUUCCUCACCCUUGCGAGAUGCAAUCCAAAGAUGUCAUGUCGAGGUGGUCAAGCUCCUCGUUCAAAAGGAUGCGACCGUACCAAGGAAAGCCCUAUUCGAGUUCAACAACGAGGCACUUCAGCCAAAAGAAGCAGCAGAAGUGCUGCAGCGACAUGCCAGGUCAGGAGAAACAUCUACAUGGUGUCUCUUGCUGCACGCUUGCAAGGCGCAGCUUUGUUCCGCAAGACUUCAGAGCAACACCAUACACCACAACAUUGCCAUUAGCGCUGCUGAGAAAGUUGGCGACUGGCGGCUUGCCAAUUCCUUGCUGUGGUCCAUUCUGGAGGUCGAGUUGGCACUGAGCAGGGUGAGCUUCAAUACUGCGAUCAGCGCCUGUGACAAAUGCCGCCAGUGGCAAAUGGCCAUGGAACUUUUGCGCAGGACACUCCAGCCGGACUCCAUUAGCUUCUUUUGCGCCAUGAGAUCUGAACGUUGGUGGGACACGAUGUGUCUCUUCCAUGAGAUGUUGAUGACGAGGGUGCAGCCAGACUGCACAACAAGCAACAUGGUUCUAACUGCAGCUGCGGAUGCGGUGAAUUGGCAGCACGUCAUGACACUCUUAGACACUGCAGUGGUCACUGCCGCAAAUCUUGAUGAGAUCAGCUUUGCGAUUGGAGCCAACGCCUUGGAGCGCAGCAAGCGUUGGCAGCAUUCUUUGCAGCUCCACCGCAGCAACGCGAAUAGCCAACACUUGAGAGCUUUGGUCAGUGCAUGUGCAGAGGCGAAGGCCUGGCAACGUGCUAUUGGCAUGUUCGGCCUUUUGGAGGGGCCACAGGGGCUGCAGCUGAACAUUUUUCACUGCAGUGCAUUUGUGACGGCUCUUCAGCAGAAUUGGCAAGGUGCUGCAGCCUUGGUUCAGCGGAUGGGCUUCCUGGGCAUCUCUCAGAACGUCUUCAGCUGCGGUGCAAUGAUGGAAGCAUGCACUGCAAGUGCAUGGCAGCUUUCACUGUCCACCUUAAAGUGGAUGCUUAAGACCCGCCUCUCGCCUGAUGAGUUUGGAGCUGACACUCGCCUUGCAGCCUCCAGAAGGGCAGGUUGGCAAAGUGCCAUGGUGGCCUUGACAAUCAACGCCUCGACGUUGAACAUUGCUUUGGGCAAUGUCGGCCUGGGUUUGUCGCUGACCACUCUGGAGAAGGCAGUGCAAUGGCUCCAUGCUUUGGAUUUGCUGGACACAUUUGCGCGAAAGGCGCUUCGAUACAAUGUGAUCAACACAAAUUCCUUGAUCAGUUGCUUGGAGAAAGUGGGCUACUGGCGACAAGCCUUGCCAUUGUUGUUCCGCAUGGGGCAGGUCAACCUCCUUCCAGACACAGUCAGCUGCAGUGCCACUGUUUCUGCUUGCGAGGAACAAGGGCGCUGGCGGGAGGCUGCGCAUUUGUCCUCAAAACAGGGCAACUCAUUGAUGGUGUUUGCUGGUGCAGUCAGUGCAAGUGAGAAGGCUUUGCGGUGGCCACGAGCAUUGCAGGUUCUGUCGAUGAUGCCACAGCUCCGUUUAACAGCAGACCUGGUGACUUUCAACGCGACUUUGCGGGCCUUGGAACGGGGCCUUUGCUGGCAAAUGGUUCUGGAGGUCUUUGAGGACAUGCCGAAGGAGGGCGUUGUGCCAGACGUUGUUGCACACAACAGUGCUUGCCUGGCAAGCGAAAAUUCUCCAGAUUGUAGAGCAACCCUCCUUCUGAUGCAAGGUGCAGCUGCAUCCUGGCAGUACACGCAACGAUGUGGCCGUGGCUGUGAGCUCGCUGCUGCCCGAGUGGCAGCGACAGCCCAAGCGAAGCUUCCUGGUGCUGCUUGGCAUGUCCUACAGAUCAUGGAGGAGGCGUCCAUCGAAACCAACGUGUUCCACUACAGCGCCGCUAUCAACGCUUGCGAAAAAGCAGGGGAAUGGAUGCUGGCACUCGCAGUUGUGGUAGGCAUGCAAGAGAAAGAAGUGAUGCCAAAUACAGUCACCAUGAAUUCUGCAAUCAGUGCAUGUGAAAAGGCAGAGGAGUGGACUUGGGCCUUGCACUUUCUGGAUGCGAUGCCAGGGACAAGCCUUACCCGAGACGUGAUCAGCUAUACGAGCACCAUGAAUGCGUGUGCAAAAGCCUUCCUAUGGGAAACCGCGCUCCAACUGUUCGACUCCAUGUCUUUGGAAGCGGUUGUCCCAAACACGAGAACUUACAAUGGAGCAAUUUCGGCCUUUGCUCAAGCUGGGAGAUGGCGACCAGCUCUUCAAAUGCUGGAUGUGAUGGCUUCACGAGCACUGAAACCAAACACCUUCAGCUACAAUGCUGCACUCAAUGCGUGUGACAAAGGAGGGCAGUGGCAAUGGGCUAUUCACCUCCUGUUCUACAUGCAACAGCACAAGGUGCCGCUUGACCACGUAUCCUAUUGCACUGCCAUGACAGCCCUGGCACGUGAUGGCCAUUGGAUGGAGGCGAUACUGUUGCUUGGCACGAUGCCACGGCCCACAGCAGCAGCCUUCACUGCAGUCAUCUCUUCUUGCGAACGAAGCAGCCAGUGGCAGGUGGCCCUAGAUGUGUUGUUCUCAGAUGGACACGCCCAUUUGAUGCCGUACAAUGCUGCUGCCAGCGCCUGUGAAAAGGGAACACAGUGGCCGAUGGCGCUGCAUUUGUUCGCUUCUGCGCAUACAAGAACUUUGCGGGCGGAUGUUGGCACUCUGAAUUCUGUGAUGGUUGCAUGUGAGAAGGGGAGCGAGUGGGAGAGGGCCUUAACAGCCUUGCAGCUUUUGCCACUGGAGGAGGCAGAUGUCUUCGUUCUCACCACCGCCCUCAGUGCCAUGAGUCGUUCAGGUUCCCUUUGGGAGGGUGCUUUGGAACUACUAUCGCAGGCUCGCAGCCUGACCAUCCCUCCCAAUGCCAAGAGCUUUGGCGCCGCACUGAGUGCAUGCAAAGAACACUGGGAAGCAUCACUUGCACUUCUGGAAAGCAUGCAAAAAGUUGAGGUGGAGCCUGGGGCACCUCAUAUUGGCGUCGUGGCUAGAGCACUGAAGGGCUGCGACGUGGAGGGGUUUCUGGAGGUCUUCCGCCGCAAAUGGGCGAAGAGGGCGAAGCAACAAGAUCCAAAAUUGGAAGGCUCUUCAAGCACUUUGUUGGGUGUCCGACAUGGAGUGAUUGGAACUAACAAGCCCCCUGACAUGGAAACAGAGGCUUUUGUCGCACAACUUUCGAGGGAAUUGGGCUUCUCACUUUACACUGCUUCACGCCUGGAUUACCCAACCUCUGGAGCAUUGCCCGUGGCCUUUGGAGAGGGCUCGGUGGACUGGCUGGAGGUGCAGUUUGCCGCCCGUUCAGUGGAAAAAGAGUAUUUGUGCGUUUGUGAAGGUCCGCCUUUGGAUUCUGGAGUUGUGGAGUUGCCCCUUUUUACAGACAGGUAUGAGAGGGGUGGUGCGCGAACGGUCGUGUGCACCAAGCGCGGACUGCCUGCGCGAACUGACUAUGAAGUGAUCUCCAAAGUCACCAUUGCUGCUGUAGCGGAAGGUCUAACGCAAGCAUCCAAGCAGGCAGUGAAGGGCUGCUUACUGCCGGUGGAGUGGCUGGGGAUGUUCCUGAGGACCCCUGGGCAUGCUCCAGCGCACAUUCUCAAUGCGAUUUUUCAAAGCCAUUCGCUGAAGUAUUUCGACUUCGAGAACCAGCGGCAGGACGCGAACAUGGCCCACUUCGAGAACAGCUCUUACUUGAAUGUCAAGGAAGGUAUGCCAUUCGAGGAGUUUAACGACUACUUCGUGAGCAGACAGCAGAUAGGUAACGAAGGAGUGCGACUCUUGCGCGGCUUGGGAGUUGAUUUUUCACGCAGGAGUCAAAGGGCAGACCCUUCGCAAGAUGAGGUGGAGCACUACGAAUGGGACUAC